CAGACAUGCUACGAAAUGGAACGUUACCUGAAAGACGAACCGAAGAUGAAGAACGGGUACAAGAAGCUUUCGGGCGUAGACCGAAGUGUGGAGCACCAUCGGACGUGGUACUGUCUGGACGACAUCUCCGACAGGCACUACGAAGCGUUCAGUUCAGCGAGCUCGCCAUGCUCAUGGGACGGCGCCCUUUCCUGCGCCAUCUUAGUCAAGCAGGAACCCAUCGACGACCUUCUGGAAGAGGACGAAGACCAGGAUGACGACGCGGAUAGCGAUGUCGCCCGGUUAGUGACACCUCCUUCGAGUCCCGAAUCGUCAGGUCGGGGCGGCCACAACAGCAGUACGGAAAGUUCGUCAGGUUCGGCGGCCAGUGAUCUAGAAAUGUGCGGACUACGUAUAGCUAGCACGCAACAUCGGAACGCGAUCGUCAGGGUGAGAACCUCUGGAAUCGCUAGGUAUAUAUCUGUGGUGCCUCGGCCGCAGGUGACCGGGAACGGCGUGACGUCAUCGACGACGCAACCUCAAACGAAACAUCACUCGCGGCUGGACCACUCACCCGAUUCCAAACGCAGGAUACACAAGUGCCAAUUCCUCGGCUGCAAAAAGGUUUACACGAAAAGCUCGCACCUCAAAGCGCACCAGAGAACGCAUACGGGUGAAAAGCCGUACAAGUGCUCGUGGGAGGGUUGCGUAUGGAGGUUCGCGCGAUCUGACGAGCUGACCCGCCAUUACCGUAAGCACACCGGCGCCAAGCCGUUCAAGUGCCGAAAUUGCGACCGUUGCUUCAGCCGGAGUGACCAUCUGGCGCUGCAUAUGAAACGGCACGCCUAA